UACCCCCAAAAAAACAAAAACGAAAAGAAAAAAAUCCCAAAAAGAAGAAAAACAAAAACAAAAAACUGGUUCAGCUUCUGGAAAAUUUUGAUCACCAAAAUUGCCUUUUUCCAAAUCAAGAAAAUUGGGUGGAUUCAAUAUUAUGGAGAGAAACCCAAAUGAAAAUGAUUUUCUUGAAAAUAAUUCACCAGAAAAUGUACCGUUUAAUUCUCAAGACUCAAUUUUUAGCUCAAAUCUAUUCUUGGAUGGUGAUGGAGAAGUUAUUUUAACUCAAACUUCUGAUAAAUUGCAUUGGAAAUCUGUUGAAUCUGUACUUAAUGGUCAGGAUCCAUCAUCUUGUUUCGGCAUAGAACUUGUUUCUAAGAGUGAAACCACAUUGUGUUUUAGUGAUAUAUACUCCGCAGAGUUCAUAAAUUGCGGUUUGGUACACGAAGCUUCGUUCCUAAAUGCUAGAGGACCUCUCUUGGGCCAAUCAUUUGAGAUGUACCGAUUUACAAUUCGCGGAGUCCAGAAAUCAAAGUCGCAGCCUUCUGUUUUGGUUCCAUCCCUUUACACCUUUGGCCAUAAGGAUUCACAAACAUGUCAGAUGUGGGUUAAUCGGAUUAAUGAUCAUCUAAACAUGGAUGCGGAAAGGCCCAAGAACCUUAUGGUUUUUGUUCACCCAAAGAGUGGGAAAGGACUCGGAUAUAAAGUUUGGGAAACGGUGGCUCCGACAUUUUCUCAAGCGAAAGUGAAAACGAAGGUGACUGUGACAGAAAGGGCAGGACAAGCUUUGGAUAUAAUGUCCUCCAUUACAAAUAAAGAGCUCAGUGCAUAUGAUGGCGUAGUAGCAGUUGGCGGUGAUGGAUUUUUCAAUGAAAUACUGAACGGUCUUCUCUUGUCGAGGCACAAAUCUUCAUAUCCACCACGCCCUACUGAACUUAACCAUCCCGUUGAGGAAAAUGGCAACAGGCCUGUUCUUGAUGCCAAUGGGGAUAUCAGGGACCCAUCCGAUAGCUGUGAAGAUGAAUCCCCUCUUCUAAAGCAAUCAGCAAACCUCAGAACCGGAGAAGAUUCCUGCCAAACAGCAGCAGAAGAUCUUGAGUUUUCUUUCCCAAAUGAAAAAUUCAGAUUUGGAAUUAUUCCAGCAGGAUCAACAGAUGCCAUUGUAAUUUGUACUACAGGGGCGAGGGAUGCUAUAACUUCUGCAUUGCAGAUUGUCCUUGGUAAAGCGGUGUGCCUUGAUGUAGCUCAAGUUGUAAGAUGGAAAAAAACUUGUACAUCUAAAGAUGAACCCUGUGUACGUUAUGCAGCUUCUUUCGCUGGGUAUGGGUUUUAUGGAGAUGUAAUCACUGAGAGCGAGAAGUACAGGUGGAUGGGUCCUAAGCGGUAUGAUUAUGCGGGAACAAAGGUGUUUCUUCGUCACAGAUCGUAUGAAGCAGAAGUUGCAUACGUGGAAGUUGAAUCGGAAAAGAAAAACAUAGGUCUUGAGAAAGGGUCGUCGGGCAGCUGGACGAAGGGAUUGUGGCCCCUACUCAAAAAGUCUGAAAGAGUAGCUUGUCGUGCAAACUGUGGUAUUUGCAAAACAAAAGCAGACCACACGUCGGCUAAAUGUCCGAGCUUGGAGCCCUAUUCGAAAGAUUCAAGAUGGUUAAAGUCCAGAGGGCGUUUUCUUAGUGUUGGAGCGGCAGUAAUCUCUUGCAGAAAUGAAAAAGCGCCCGAUGGUCUGGUGGCUGAUGCACACCUUUCAGAUGGUUUUCUACAUCUUAUAUUAAUUAAGGACUGCCCUCAUGCAUUUUAUUUGUGUCACCUUCUCCAGCUAGCAAAGAAGGAUGGGAACCCGCUAGAUUAUGAAUUCGUGGAGCAUCACAAAACUCCGGCAUUUACAUUCACUUCUUUCGGCAAGGAGAGCAUAUGGAACGUUGAUGGCGAGCUCUUUCAAGCUCAUCAACUUUCAGCUCAAGUAUUUCGUGGACUUAUUAACUUAUUUGCUGCUGGUCCCGAAGCCUAAAGUAGUUGAAUCUCUUCAAAUAUUUGUCAUUACUUGUUCGAAAGCUAUUUAGUAUUUCAUCAAUUGAUUUAUGACUAAUCAAAAAGUAGAUAGGAAAUGUCGUAUAUGAGAAAAUAAGUGGACCUUAUAAAUAUAAAGUUAUGUCUUAAAGAGCAGGCAAAUAUAUUCCACGGCAUUUCAUGUGGUUGCUCUUUGAGUAAGUUUAUAAGGGAGUUUAGUGAUCCAUGAUUUAUGUUUAUCUUUCA